GAGAAAGUACGAAGCAUAGCAGGUGAGUACAGGUACUGUUGCAAUGAGAGAGGACUUUGGUUACUCUUUUGAACUCAGUUGACAAUUCGUUUUGUUUUUGUUUGAAAUGCAUCAAAGUUCACCAAAGCCUCGUUCUUCCUCAAAAGAGCACAUGCCACACAUAUUUGCUCAGAAUACCUCAGCAACAUGUAAGGUAAUAUUUAAAGAGUCUGGUCGGAUAAACCAGAACUUCUUGCAAAAGGAAGUGAUGACAUCAAAGACCAUCCCUCCCAUUUCACUCAGCGAUGUGUCUCCAUGCUUGAAACUACAGAAAUAGUUUGCAUAUUAAAGCUGAAGGAUGUUUAGCCCAUGACUAAUAGGGAAACCUUAUCUUCAAAAUGCCUGACAGAAGAUAGGUGAUAGAAGACUUGUUAUUGGCCUGGUGCAAUUCUUACAGACACAAAACAUAAAUCCCAGACGUGAAAGAAACCAGAUUCAAGCACUUUCAUACUCUGUCGGUGGACCCAGAAAUCUGAGCCUCAUCUCUGACUAUUUAUUAAACAGGACGAUGACUUCAGAGGAGACUCUAUGGGACAGUCUGAAGACUGAAAAAGGAACCUCAGAACUGGACUCUACAUUGAGCUUUGAGUUAGAAGAACUGUAUGAAAAUGUGAAAUGUGAUCUACAAGCAAACUCAAAAUCACCAUCCUUACAUGAUUUUCCAGUCUUAAAAGCAAAUUUAGAAUCACCAUCCCUGCAUGCUGAGGUGGAGGAAUUGCGCAUAAUGUUACUUGGAGGGAGAGGGUCGGGAAAAAGUUCUUCUGGAAACACCAUCCUCAGGUGGAAUGCCUUCAACACGGAGAUGCAGCUGAGCAGAGUUACUCAGUUCUGUGAAAGAGCUUCUGGGAGCAUCAACGGCCGACCAGUGGCAAUAAUCGACACUCCAGGACUCAACAGGAUCAAUCGAAUAGAAAAGGAAGUGACUAGGGAGAUCCUGAAAUCUAUCUCACUCUAUAGACCAGGACCACAUGUGUUUCUGCUGGUUCUGCCUGUGGGGAACUUAACCAACGAGGACAAGAACAUGCAUAAAUUAAUCCAGAACAUGUUCGGGAAGCACAUUUGGAAGUACACCAUUGCUCUGUUUACACAUGGAGAUCGUCUAGAGGGAAAAAACCCAAAUGAUGUCAUUGCGAGUUCUGACAAAGACCUAAGAGACUUUAUUCGCAAGUGCAGUGGUGGAUUUGUGUUCUUCAAUAACAAGAGGACUGGAAACUCUGAGCAGGUGACCAAACUUCUGGAGAAGAUUGAGACCCUGGUGGCUAUCAAUGCCAGAAGCUGUUAUACCACGUCCUUUUACCCAGCUUCAGAGAGAAAGAUAUGUGAGAAACAGGAGAAAAUUCUGGCUGAGAGAGAAGAAGAGAUAGCACGAAAAGAGAGGGAGUUGGAAGAGAAUUAUGAAGAUGAAGAAGAGUUAGAAAGAAAGAAGUGUGAACUCUGGAGAGAAGAAGAGGAAGAUGCACGGAAACUCGCUGAGAAUCCACAAAGACGCAAAUCUCUGUCAGUUAAUCUCACCAAAACUGCCUCAUUAGUUACAAAAUCACAGAUUAUUCACUGAUUCAUCUGACUCAUAAUAUCUUCUGCUACUGACACAAACAAGUUGAAAAUCUCAACACACUUCUGCUACUGAGACAAACAAGUUGAAAAUCUCAACACACUUCUGCUACUGAGACAAACAAGUUGAAAAUAUCAACACACCGUACCAUGUGCAUUACCUUUUUCCAGCUGAGGUGAAGGAAUUGUGGAAUUGUGCAUUAUGUAACUUGAAGGGAGAGGGUUGGGAAAACGUUCUUCUGGGAAACCCAUCCUCAGGUGCCUUGUAUUCAUGUAUUUACUCACCAUUAAUGGGGAUUCAGUAUUCUCUGGAGUGACUUAAAGCCUGUGCCAGAGAAAAAAAGAAGACGAAAUAGGAGAAGAAAAAAUGAUUAAACCAACCUAAGCAGGUCUUCCAGUCUGGUCAGUCUGUUGACUGGACUUAGAGGUUUUGGGGCAUUUUCCAGGCUGCAUCUUAAUCAGCUGAACACCAGCUUGGCCAGGCUGGGAGACCAGCUUAAACCAGAUUUAAUCAACAAAACCAACAAACCAGUCUAGGCUGCUUAAAUCUGUUUUUUUUUUUUUCUUUUUGUGGUUAAUAAACCAAUGGUUUUCCCAUUAAUGUACGUUUCCCAUUAAUGUACAGUGUAUAAGAGAAUUGGAGAAUCCUUCUAUCUAUUUAGGCUUGAUUGCUUCUGUCUCUUUGUGUAACCUCAAACUAACACAAUGUUCAGUGGGGGCAAUGCCAGUACCCUGUUCUUCUAUUCUAAUCUUUUCUAUUUGCAAAAGUAAUGUUUGUGAGUCUAAAAUGUAUUUUUC